AGGGGUCUGUCUGUAGGACACAAGGAGAAGAGACCCCACGCGGUGGUGCAGGUGUCAGUCAUCAACACACAGACACACGCCAUCACUGACUACUGCUGUACGGAGAUAGUAGAGAGCACCAGUGACCCAGUGUUUCUGACCGGUGUGUGUAUCUCUCCUGACCACCCUUUCACCCUGGACACGACACUCAAACUGACCGUCUAUCACGCCAAGGUCAAAACACACAACACGAGGAGUUUUUUAGGCUUCACCUGCUUCUCCAUCAGAGAUCUCCUCAGGACCAAUGAGCCUCAGCUCUCCCUCAGCCUCAGGUCUGCGGACGGAACGAGCGAGGUCGGGGAGGUGAAGCUGGGUCGUCUGCAGAUGAGAGACAUGGCAAACAGAGAGGGGGAGGACACCACUUCAGACGUCCAUGGACACAAGUGUCCUCUCCUGUGUGAUUCCCUCCAUGGCUCCAUGCACGACAGAGACAACAGUCCCAUGAUGAGGGCAGUGUUCAGGAGCACAGUCUGUAAAGUGUACCGGUUCCAGACCGAGUCUAGCAGGUGGAUGCUGGUGAGAGAACAGAUGAGCGAAAGCCCUCUGUCCUCCAGUCUACCCAAACAGCUUCUGUCCUGCUACAUACAAGAGGACAUGAGGAGGGUCCAGGAGCUUUGUGACCUGUGUGACCUUUCACCCUACUGGGAUCGGUUAAGGACUGAUGUUAUCACCCACUACAGUCAGCUGAUCAGCACCUACCAGGAAACACUGACAGAACUCAACAAACUGACAGGCUCGUCCUGCUCCUUUAAGGCCAGCUGUAGUAAGAGUGACAGAUAUCUAGAGUUUAUACCUGUCAACCUGCACACACAGAGGAUGCAGGUUACCUGCUCACGGAGAACAGUAUGGUAUGAUGUUGUGACAGUAGGAGCACCAGCUGAUCACUACCAGGGGUUUAAACACGGUGGGCUACAGAGGCUGCUCAACAAACCAGACAGCGACAACAAGAGUGUUAGUGCAGCAUAUUGUUGUAUCUCCUACUCACCAGAGGAGUGCUCCAGAGCCAGGGAGGUACUGAGUAGUGUCUCUCAGCUCCAGCCUCUCAUCUCUGGGCUAACUGAGGAGCUACUGCAAGCUGCUCUGGAAGUCAACUCCCAAAGACUACAGAACAUACUGCACAGCCUGGCACACAGGACUGAACAGUUUGUUCACGCUCUGAAAGAUGAGCUGGUAAAGAACGCCCUGUUGGCUCUCCACACGGCAAGGCCCGCCUACCACCUCGGCAACGGACACGCCCAUGUAACCCACGGCAAUGGGACGGGUCCCAGGCUCUCCUCGGCCAAUCAGGACGGGUUACGGCCGUCGAUAUGGCGACAGGAAUCCAUCCCCCAACACACGGAGUAUGACGAGGAAGAAGAGUGGGACAGGGUGUGGGCUAACGUUGCUAUGAGUCUGAACUGCAUCAUCGCCAUGGUGGACCGGCUACAGGAGAGGGAGAACAGGAAACAGGAAGUGACCUCACAGACACAGAAUGAUGUCACCACCACCUCACACAACACUGACCCUUCCCGCUCUCCUUGGCAGGUCUCUCUCGCCCCUCUUCCAGACCCUUCCCGCUCUCCUUGGCAGGCCUCUCUCGCCCCUCUUCCAGACCCUUCCCGCUCUCCUUGGCAGGCCUCUCUCGCCCCUCUUCCAGACCCUUCCCGCUCUCCUUGGCAGGCCUCUCUCGCCCCUCUUCCAGACUCUUCCCGCGCUCCUUGGCAGGUCUCUCUCGCCCCUCUUCCAGACCCGUCCCCUUCGUGGCAAGAGCAACUCCUCCCUCUAGUUGUGACUCUGAAGGAGUGUGUGAGUGACGCGGUGGAGAGGGCCCGGUGUGCUAUGACCUUCGUACUCCUACAGGGGGCAGCAGCAUCAGCCUGCCACGGUCAGGCCCUGACACACAGACGAGAUGCUGUCUUCAGCCAGGCACUGUGUGCGGUGGUGUGUGGGUUUGUAUUAAGGCUGUACUCGGGUCUGGAGGAUAAAGGCUUCCUGCUGCAGCUCUGUGAGGUUGGGCUCAUCACACAGUUUGAAGGACUGCUCAGCACCUACAGUGAUGAGGUGGGUAUGUUAGAGGAUAUGGAGAUAGGAGUAUCAGACCUGAAUAGAGUCUCCUUCAAAAUAACUGAAGCCAAAUCAGAACAACCCACAGAUCUACUGCCCUCUGUCACUGGACUACGGGGUUGUUUUUGUGUGGAAGUCCCCUUGCCGUCGGAGACGUACCUGUUGUUACCAGGGGAACUGAGAGAUGGGCGGGACUUAAGAGUUCACCCGUUACUGUUUAACAUCGGCAUCAACCAGCAACAGAGUCUAGCCGAGAGGUUCGGAGACAGUUCUCUCCAAGAAAGGAUCAACCUCAGAAGCUGUGAGAUGUUGAAGUCCUACUACAAGACCCUGAGAGACAAACUACCCAACUUGACCCUGCCCUGUUCCCGGUCCCCGUUAGCUGUGGAGGACUUGUUGUGUUCUCUGGAGCAGUCUCUGGAGAUGAAGAAGAGGAAGAACGUCGAGGUCCUGUGGCUCGCUGCCUCCGUGUGUAGGAGGUUGAAUGGUGUCAGGUUGACCAGCUGUAAAAGUGCCAAAGACAGGACCUCCAUGUCUGUGACUUUAGAACAGUGUAUGUUGCUAAGAGACGAACACACACUCAGCAAGGAGCACUUUAACAGAGCACUGGACUGCAUGAGGAGGGAGGGCUGUAGGAUGGAGAACGUUGAGAAGAACAUCAGAAGCAGGAAGUAUGCUUUCAACACCAUCCAGCUGAAGACCUUCCCUAAACCCUACCGCCCUCCAGAGGGCACCUACGGGAAAGUAGACACUUAGGAGGAGGACGAGAGAAAAGGGGUGGAAUGAUUGAGGGAUGAAUGAAGGAUGGUUGGAGAACCAUAGAGGGAUAGAAGGAUGAAGAGACUGGAAAAUAGACACUUAGGAUAACAUGGAGGGAAGUGUUGUAUGUUUAAUUCUGUAAAUAUUGAGUUUGACAAAAUAAUGAAAAACAUUUUUAAAAGCUCAAGUGUUUUCCACACGUUUUCACACAACAUGAAGUAAUUUUAUAGUAGCCUACUAGUUCUAGUUAGGAAGCGAGGAAGUCCAUAUUAUGGUGCAACAACACGUUCAGACCACUAGAUGGCGCUACUCAUGUAGCUCAGCCAUACUGCCUGAAACUCUGUCUCCCUCCAGCAGGUGGCGUUUUUUCAUUGUGUCAAUGAAUAGUGGAAUAUUGUCAACAAAAGACAUGAAUGGUUUAUUUGCUAAGUGAUGUUUAUUUGAUUGAAUAGAAGUUCGGGUAAUACUUAAGUUGUUAUGAAAUCUACUGAUAUAACAACGUGACAUCCCGGCAACUUUGAGGGAAAAAAAACACUUCAUAUCUGAGAUGUUUCGAGAUGCAUCUUCAUGGCAUGAGGCUACGAGUAUCUCUCUGGGAAGAUGAGAUUCUCACGAUGGCGUUCUCCAUUUUUUUUUUGCUUGACCUCACGAUUGUCGCGGGGACUCAUCUGAAGGUCCCGGGCCGAAAGAUGAAUGGAAGUGAACAUCUACAGUGCCGUUUGAAAAGAAUUCGGACCCCUUCACUUUUUCCACAUUUUGUUACGUUACAGACUUAUUCUAAAAUGGAUUAAAUACAACAACAAAAAAAUCACAUACAAUAACGACAAAGCAAAAACAACAUUUUUAGAAAUGUAUGCAAAUGCAUUGAAAAUAAAAAUGGAAAUAUCACAUUUCCGUAAGUAUUCAGACCCGUUACUCAGUACUUUGUUGGAACACCUUUGGCGGUGAUUAACAGCCUAGAGUCUUCUUGGGUAUGACGCUACAAGCUUGGCACAUCUGUAUUUGGGGAGUUUCUCCCAUUCUUCUCUGCAGAUCUUCUCAAGCUCUGUCAGGUUGAAUGGGGAGCGUCGCUGCACAGCUAUUUUCAGGUCUCCAGAGAUUUUUCGAUUGGGUUCAAGUCCUGGCUCUGACUGGGCCACUCAGAGAAUUGUCCCAAAGCCACUCCUGCAUUGUCUUGGCUGUGUGCUUAGGGUCGUUGUCCUGUUGGAAGGUGAACCUUCGUCCCAGUCUGAGGUCCUGAGCGCUCUGGAGCAGGUUUUCAUCCAGGAUCUCUCUGUACCUUGCUCCGUUCAUCUUUCCCUCGAUCCUGACUAGUCUCCCGGUCCCUGCCGCUGAAAAACAUCCCCACAGCAUGAUGCUGCCACCACUGUGCUUCACCGUAGGGAUGGUGCCUGGUUUCCUCCAGACGUGACACUUGGCAUUCAGGCAAAGAGUUCAAUCUUGGUCUCAUCAGACUUUCUCGUUGUCUAAGAGUCCUUAAGGGGCCUUUAUGCUAAAUCCAAGCGGGCUGUCAUGUGCCUUUUACUGAGGAGUGGCUUCCGCCUGGCCACUCUACUAUAAAGGCCUAAUUAGUUGAAUGCUGCAGAGAUGGUUCUCCUUCUGGAAGUUUCUCCCAUCUCCACAUAGGACCUCUGGAGCUCUGUCAAAGUGACCAUCAGGUUCUUGGUCACCUCCCUGACCAAGGCCCUUCUCCCCCAAUUUCUCAGUUUGGCCGGGUGGCCAGCUCUAGGAAGAGUGUUGGUGGUUCCAAACGUCUUCCAUUUGAGAAUGAUGGAGGCCACUGUGUUCUUGAGGACCUUCAAUGCUGCAGACAUUUGUUGGUACCCUUCCCCAGAUCUGUGCCUCGACACAAUCCUGACCCGGAGCUCUACAAACAGUUCCUUCGACCUCAUAGCUUGGUUUUUGCUCUGACAUGCACUGUCAACUGUGUGACCUUAUAUAGUGCCUUUCCAAAUCACGUCCAAUCAAUUGAAUUUACCACAGGUGGACUCCAAUCAAGUUGUAGAAACAUCUCAAGGAUGAUCAAUGGAAACAGGAUGCACCUGAGCUACAUUUAGAGUUUCAUAGCAAAGAAUCUGAAUAGUUAUGUAAAUAAGGUAUUUCUGUUUUUUAUUUCGAAUAAAUCUGCACCAAAAAAUGUGAAUGUUCUGAAUAUUGUACGAAUGCAUAGUAUGUGUAGCCCACGUGUAAAAAAAAAUAUGUAAAAUAAUGAAUGAAUUAUAAAAUUAUAUAAAAAUUGUGUAAUAAAAGGCUACACCCCCUUGAA